AUGGAAAUGGUAGUCAUUUGGAGACGGUAAGGUAAUGUCAUAAUUACGACAAAUGUCAAAUGUGAAAUGUCAACAAUUAAGAAAAGGUCACCUUGGUGAAGUUCACCUUCUCCGGCGUUUGAAUUUGUUGGUAUUAAAAUAAAUUUAUAUUGGUGAAUUGGUCAAUUUUAAAUCAGAAAAAUGGAUGUGACAAAGACGCAAAAAUUUAUAGAGCGAGGCUCUCAUAAAGGUAAGGGCCUUGCAGUCUUUACCAGCGGUGGUGACUCUCAGGGUAUGAAUGCAGCAGUGCGGUCCGUUGUUAGAAUGGGUAUAUACUUGGGGUGUAAAGUUUACUUUAUCCGUGAGGGAUAUCAAGGGAUGGUGGACGGGGGUGAUAAUAUUGAGGAAGCAAAUUGGUCAUCAGUCAGCUCCAUAAUCCACAAAGGAGGUACUAUCAUUGGAUCUGCACGCUGCAUGGAUUUUAUAAAGAAAGAAGGCCGAUUGAAAGCUGCCUAUAAUUUAGUAACUCGAGGUAUUACCAACUUGGUUGUAAUUGGUGGUGAUGGGUCCUUGACUGGUGCAAACUUGUUCAGACAGGAAUGGUCUUCUUUAUUGGAUGAAUUGUUAGAGAAUAACAAAAUAACUAAAGACCAAAGAGAAAAAUACAAGUAUUUACAUAUUGCUGGUCUGGUUGGUUCCAUUGAUAAUGAUUUCUGUGGAACAGAUAUGACAAUUGGUACAGACUCUGCAUUGCACCGUAUCAUUGAGGCUAUUGAUGCCAUUGUAAGCACUGCCUAUUCUCAUCAGAGAACAUUUAUUAUGGAGGUUAUGGGUCGCCAUUGUGGUUUUCUUGCAGUAUUCACGGCACUCUGUACGGAAGCUACUUAUUCUUUUUGUUGUGAAGACCCAGCGCCCCUCAAUUGGGAUAAAAAAAUGUGUGCAAAAAUAAAACAGGAACGUAAAUCGGGACAACGUUUGAACAUUAUCAUAGUAGCAGAAGGUGCUAUUGAUCGGGAAGGUAAGCCUAUCACCGCGGAGCUGGUGAAGAAGGUCGUCGUGGACAACCUUCAGCAGGACACCCGUAUCACCGUGCUCGGUCACGUUCAGCGUGGAGGCUCACCAUCUGCUUUUGAUAGACUUUUAGGUUGUCGUAUGGGAGCAGAGGCGGUUAUGGCUUUAAUGGAAGCGACGCCCGAAACAGAGCCUUGCGUAGUUUCUUUGGAUGGGAAUCAAGCUGUUCGUCUGCCACUUAUGGAGUGCGUUAGACGCACCAAGGCUGUAGCACAGGCGAUGGCAGACAAAAAUUGGGAGUUAGCUGUCCAACUACGUGGGCGCAGUUUCGCUCGCAACUUGGAGACGUACAAAAUGCUGACCCGCUUGAAACCGCCAAAGGAGGCCUUCGAUGAAGCUGGCAAACCAGUAGAAGGUUUGACGCUAGCGGUGAUGCACGUGGGCGCGCCGGCGUGCGGCAUGAACGCGGCCGUGCGCUCGUUCGUGCGGAACUGCAUCUACCGCGGAGACACCGUGCUCGGUAUACACGAUGGUGUCGAGGGCUUCAUAAGCGGCAACAUUGUUAAGAUGGACUGGUCUGAUGUAACCGGCUGGGUGGCUCAAGGAGGCGCUUUCCUUGGCACAAAGCGAACAUUGCCAGGAGAUAAAAAAGGAGAGAUCGCUGCUCGUAUCAAACAGUUCAACAUCCAAGGACUGCUUAUCAUUGGAGGAUUCGAGGCUUACCAAGCUGGCUUGGAGAUCUACGAAUCCCGCGGCCAAUUCCCCGAGUUCUGCAUCCCAUUAGUGGUGGUACCGGCUACUAUCAGUAACAACGUACCCGGUACUGACUUCUCGCUCGGCGCUGAUACCGCCUUGAACGAGAUCACCGAGAUCUGCGACCGUAUCCGACAGUCUGCGCAGGGGACAAAACGCCGCGUGUUCGUUGUGGAAACAAUGGGCGGAUAUUGUGGUUAUUUGGCAACCUUGGCAGGUCUCGCGGGCGGUGCUGAUGCUGCGUACAUCUACGAGGAGAAGUUUUCUAUCAAGGAUCUUCAGCAGGAUGUGUACCACAUGGCGUCCAAGAUGACCGGUGGAAUCCAACGUGGACUCAUACUGAGAAACGAGAAGGCCAAUGAGAAUUAUAAUACUGACUUCAUCUAUCGCCUGUACUCGGAAGAGGGAAAAGGGCUUUUCACGGCUAGGAUGAAUGUUCUGGGUCACAUGCAACAAGGAGGUUCGCCAACACCAUUCGACCGCAACAUGGGGACCAAGAUGGCCGCCAAGAGUCUGCACUGGCUCGUGGAUAUGAUACACAAGGGGCCCGCUAACAGGCCGGACUCCGCUUGCCUGCUCGGCAUCGUGAAGCGUCAGUAUAAGUUCACGCCCCUCGAGGAACUGAAGACGCAGACCAAUUUCGCACAAAGGAUUCCUAAACAACAGUGGUGGAUGAAGCUACGUCCAUUACUACGUAUUUUGGCGAAGCACGACUCCACAUACGAAGAAGAAGGCAUGUACAUGACAGUUGAACAAGGAGAGAUUGAUUCUGAAAAUGUUAUUUAA